CGGCUGUUGGUAGAAGAGGUUUUAUGUUCUCGCGACAUUACCUGCUGCGGAACUCCCUGUCACCUGAGAAGAGCUGAGACCGGGGAAAAUACAUUAGGAAGAGACUAUGUCUGUGAAUGAUGAUGGGUAUGUGGUGAGAAUUCGUGGCUUGCCUUGGUCCUGCACCCAGGAAGAGGUGGCAGGGUUCUUCUCUGAUUGUAACAUCGUCGGGAAAGUGAAUGGAGUGUGCUUCACGUUUUCCAAAGAAGGAAGGCCCAGUGGAGAAGCUUUCGUGGAGCUGAAAUCAGCAGAGGAUUUUAAAAAAGCCAUAGCAAAAGAUAGGAAACACAUGGGUCAUCGCUAUAUUGAAGUUUUCAAGUCAAACCGUAGCGAGAUGGACUGGGUGUUGAAACGCAGCGGCCCUACUGACUACGACAGCUGCAGCGGGUGUAUGAUACGUCUCCGGGGACUUCCUUUUGGAUGCAGUAAGGAGGAGAUAGUGCAGUUCUUUGCAGGGUUGAAAAUCGUGCCAAAUGGGAUAACAUUGCCGAUGGACUACCAGGGGAGGAGCACAGGGGAAGCCUUCGUGCAGUUUGCCUCAAAGGAGAUAGCAGAAAAGGCACUGGGGAAACACAAGGAAAGAAUAGGGCACAGGUACAUAGAAAUCUUUAAGAGCAGCCGGAAUGAGAUCCGGGCUUACUAUGAGCUCCCCAGAAGGAUGAUGGGGCAGAGACCCAGUCCCUACGACAGGCCCAUGAUGGAGCGAGGUGGGUUCUUCCCUGGUCCAGGACGGGGGGGUGCUCUUUUGGACCAAAUGCGUGGAGGAGGCUACAGUGGGGGCUAUGGCGGGUUUGACAACUACAAUGGCUUCAGUAAUUACUGUUUUGGCAACGGCAUGUUUGAUGACCGAAUAAGGGGCGAUAGAGGAAGAGCUAUAGGUGGCCAUGGCUACGGUGGUGCAGGUGAUCAUAGCUCCCACAGCGGCUCCCACAGCGGCUUCCAUAGUGGCCAUUUUGUACACAUGAGGGGCUUGCCUUUCCGUGCCACUGAGGGAGACAUAGCCAAUUUCUUCUCCCCAUUGACUCCUGUGCGAGUUCAUAUCGACUUUGGACCAAAUGGGAAAUCCACAGGCGAGGCCGAUGUUGAGUUUAGGUCUCAUGAAGAUGCUGUUUCAGCUAUGUCGAAGGACAAGAAUCACAUGCAACAUCGAUACAUUGAGCUCUUCUUAAACUCAACUGCUAGUGGAGCAUCUGAAAUGGGCCGCGGCGGCGGUUUCUAUGGUAACUCAGGAGGCAUGGGCUUGAGACGGAGUGGACUGAGGGGGAUGUUCUAAACAGGAGUAAUCACCAUUCUAAACCAAACGUUCAAGUCUUGAAGAUUUGUUUUGUAUUUGAAUGUUUUCACAUGUUCAGAAAAAGUACCUACUUAAAAUAUUUUCCAGUCUCAAAGAGUGGAAUAAAAAGUAUAUAUUUGAGCAGUUGCAUAGGCUAACCAACUAUUGUACAUUUUACUUAAUACAUUUUAUAUUAAA